AUGGAAUACCGUUAUCAAAAUAUUAUCUCUACAAUAGAUAAUUUAAUGAGCAACAGUUAUUCGAAUGAUAAACCGGGUGCUGCUGUAAUGCUCAUGUUAGAUAAUACAAUUAUUUACCAAAAAGGAUUUGGUGUGGCCAAUUUAGAAUCUGGUGAGAAAAUAACUUUAUCUACAAAUUUUCGAAUGGCAUCUGUUUCCAAACAAUUUACAGCGAUUUGUGUUGCUUUACUUGAACAAAAAGGCAAACUAUCAUUUGAUGACAAUCUAAAAUCAUUGUUUCCUAAUUUUAAUAACACUACGGGAUCAAAAAUAAAAGUUUCACAUUUAUUAACGCAUACAUCGGGACUACUUGACUAUGAAGAGUUUAUUGUCGAGUCAAUGACAACUAAUCAAUUAACCGAUCAGAAUGUAUAUGAACUUAUUGCAUCGCAAGAUAAAACUUACUUUGAACCUGGUUCCACUUUUCGUUACAGUAAUACAGGUUUUGUUUUAUUAGGAUUAAUUAUUGAAAUAGUUUCAAAACAGUCCUAUGAACAGUUUAUUAAAAAUCAUAUUUUUGAUCCAUUGAAUAUGUACACAACGACAAUCUAUCAUAAAAAUGAGUCAGUUAAAAAUCGUGCCAUGGGCUACGCUAGAAAUGAAAAUAAUGAAUUUUAUUUAUCAGAUCAAAGUGUGAUGAGUGCAACGAGAGGUGAUGGUUGUUUAUAUACAUCACUUGAAGAUUAUCUCAAAUGGAGUAAUGCUCUCUUCCAUUUACCUAAUUUGGUUGACCUGAUUAAUUUUCCAAUCAACAAUCAUCAGUUCUAUGGAAUGGGAUGGUUUUUAGAGAAAAGUAAAAACGUGUCUAUGCUUCAUAUUGGAAAUACGUGUGGAUUUAGUAAUAUGGUCAUUCGAAUUCCUGAUAAAAAGGCCUUAAUUGUCUAUUUUUCGAAUAUUGCCGAUAAUCAACUAAUUAAGAAUUUUUGUCAUAUACUAGAACAAAUACCCGAAUUAAAUCCAGAAACUGAUUUGUUGUGGACAAUGGAAAAGUUAACUAGAUAG